CAACAACAACAACAACAACAGCAGCAGCAGCAGCGACCACCGUGGCUCGAUGUCUGCAUGAACUUGAGCGCAGUCGAGUGACACAGUUUUGAGGGUUUCGUAUAAAUAGUAGAUCCAUUGGUGCUCCAAACGUCAGACACAACCGAACAGUCAAAGUUAAAGAAUUCAAGAUGCGUGCAUUCAUUGUUAUGUGCUUAGUGGCAGUCGCCUGCGCCGAUAAGCUGGGCUACAACUACCAGCCCGUUGGACACUCCAACCAAGGAUUAUCCUUCGCCCCUGGCAGCGGAAGCAUCAGCGGCGGUAGCUCGCUGGGUGUACUUGGCGGCGGAUCCGCUGGAUUGGGUGGAUUGGAUGCCGGCGUUAGCGGCGGCAGCAUUGGUGGUGGUUCCAGUCUCGGCGGUCUCGGUGGUCUCGGCAGCAUCGGCAACGGCGGUCUGUCCGGCGGAUCCAUUGAUGCUCCAGUCUCUUACAACGCCCCUGCCCCAGCUGCUGAAUUGGAGAAGGAGUUCUUCACCUUCAGCGCCAACGAACAGGACUUCGAUGAGCCCCAAUCUUUGGACAAGGUUUCCAGCUCUCUGAACAAGGGUCUGCGUGUUAUCUUCAUCAAGGGACCCGAGAACCGUGGUCUGGAGAACGCUGCUCUCGCUUUGGCCAAGCAGGCUGCCCAGCAGGAGACCGCCAUCUAUGUCCUGAACAAGCAGGCCGAUAUCGGUGAUCUGGCCAACAAACUGAACUCCAUCCGCAGCAACACCAACAACAAGCCCGAGGUGCACUUCGUCAAGUACCGCACUCCCGAGGAUGCUGCCAACGCUCAGCGUGCCAUCCAAUCACAGUACGAUCAGCUGGGCGGUUCCAGCCACGCUACCAACGGUGGUGUUGCCCCCGUCCUGAACUUUGCUUCCCAGGGUCCAGUGCGUCAGGCCAGCGCUAAGUCGCCCGAAAAUGCUUACUUGCCCACCUCGAUCUUCCGUCGUGUCUAAAUUUCUAGUUAGAUUUAGAGCAUAUGAUUGAUAUUGACACCGACCUUUGACUG